AUUCUUGCGUCGUGUACAAACAUGGCUCCCUCGUCAGACCAAACCAUGUCUCGGCCGGAGUCGGCCAUCAUUUCUCCCUCGAUAAAGACGCAUUCCCGCUCGAGGGCCCUGAGUAUAUCGAGCGACAAACCGUCUACCAUUGCGACCAGCUUCAUGUCGCCUCCGCUAACCGUGUCCCCUGAAGCGGCCUUCAUCGCCGCCUCGGCCGCCUCACAAAUCAUCACCAACGACCACGACAGCCACGCCGACACUUGGCUCGACCAGCAUGGCAUUGAGCCCUCCAGCGAACCAGCACUCGUUUCUCCAGCCGCCCUUCAGCUAGUCAAUAACUUUCUCGAUCACCUGCUGUUCAACUUUAUCUCAGUUGCGCGCUCGGCUACGCUAGCUGCCCUUCGUGCAGCCAUAACCGAAGUCCUCAAGCCGAAACUCGCCAAAGAUGUCAUUAGCCAGGCGGAUGAGGAGUUGCAGGAAUACAUGGGAGACACUGAGGAGGACAUAUUAGAUCCCAGCGCAACCAAAGACUGGGACUUGGAGCUGAUCUGGAAACGGACUCGGCUACGAUGUAUGGUAUACUCGUCACUGGGUGACUUGGAAGAGGAGGAUGAGGACUAUUAUAUGGAGAAGGAGCUUCUGAGCUCACGCCAGGAGGAUCAGUCUUCCGAAUUGGUGUCUUCUGCUGCCUCCGUAUUCUUGACCUCGAUCAUUGAAUAUCUCGGCGAACAAGCGCUGACCAUUGCGGGGCAGGCCGCCUUUCAACGCAUUCGUGUCAAGUACGAGAAGGAGUUGAAAGAGGGCCUGCGGAAACACGGCGUGGCAGCAGAACAGAUUGUGGUGCAGGAACACGACAUGGAGCGAGUCGCGCUUGAUCGUACUCUGGGAAGACUGUGGAGGACGUGGAAGAAAAAGAUCAGAUCGCCCUUGAUCACCAAUCUGGACAGAGGCUUGUCCCACUCCUUUUCGAGAGACUCGAUGCGCUCGUCUCGUGGAACACCGACGCACCUGCGCUCAUCUAGCGUCACAGAAACCCCAGUACCCGAAACCAUUCCAGAGCCUACGAACGGAACAGGAGCCAAGGCUGAUGCGAACGAGACCGGGACAAAGAAGACAGCCAAGGAGGAAACGGUGGAGGAGUAUUUGAUUGCUGCAGCCAUUCCUCUGCCAAUGGGUGAGAAUGACGUCGAAGAGAUCGAAGGUGUCAGUUUGUUAGCUCGUUCUCAGAGCAGGGACGGAGCAAAAGAGAGAGCAGCUCGCAAGAGGGCAGUGCGGCCAAAGAGCUUGAUGGUAUGGCCCGUGACCAAGCCUGCCAACCCGCCCACUCCCACUCUGUCGCCGUCGCAUACUCCUCUGUCAGCGUCCAAGAAACGCUCUAAUUCACUCCCAACGCCUACUGCCACUCCCAGCGGUUCGCCUGUACGAACGGAUCCACAAGCGAGCGAACUUGCACCCCUUCCCUCAGCUGUCGAGAGGAAUUUCGAACAGUCUCGGACUUCAGAUGACACGCAGCCGGUUCGGGGCGAAAAGUCAGACAACCUCAAAGGUGCAGAAAUAAGCCCAGUCGAAGCUUCGCUUGUGGGUGCCCCCGCCUCCUCACAGCAGGCUGAGACGAAGCCUCGAACGCAGAAUUCUGGCAAUUCUGAGACCGAAGAUGAGGUCAAGGACAGCGAUGAAAGCGAGUAUGACGAUGAGUUUCUGGACGAAGAACCACAGAUUCUCACCUCAUCAAGGAUAUCCAUCUCUGGCCGAAGCUCAUCUCCCGCGGUGUCUGAGCAAGGAAGACCAGCACCCAUCAACACGACGCUGGGAAGGACUAGAACGCCCAGCAUUUACUCGGCACGCUUGAUCGAAGUAACCAGUCCUCGCAGCCCUAGCACGGCCGCCCGUAACAGCCCGAUACUAGAUUCGAGCGAGCACAUGCGCUUAUCCCGAAGCAGUAGUCUCAGAACGGCCUCAAUCACCGAGGAACGAUUACGAUAUUCGCCGGACAGUGCAUCUGGGGCGCGGAUCUCUGGGCACGGCGGUAACAAGUCGGCGUUGUCUGCUCAAGUUGCCCCCGAAAAUGUCUCUCCUGUUACGGAUGACGGUGUUCUCGAAGCGAUUCCCGAGCCUCCUUCACCAGAUGAGCUUGAGGGUCACGAUUUUUCACGUGGUUCUAACCCCUUUGUAGGCUCAAUUGUUGAGCGUGGGUCGCCCGGCUCAUCUCCCAUCCGCUCCACGCCCAAGAUUACAACCCCCACUAGCUCGGCUGGAACAUUUUACUUUGAGGAUAGGCCCAAACCGGCUCCUAAACACCACGCUCAAAGUCGCCCAAGGGUCUCCGUUGUGCCCGAGAUGCCUGAUCGGAGUUCCAUCAGAAGGAGUCCCAGCAACCAUUCCAUGGAUGAUCGACCGACUUCGAUCGGUAAGAUAUCCGUGCAACGGUCUCGUGGUCGCAGCCCAUCUGAAACAGGCUUCAUUUCUCGGUUCCCGGAACCGCCGAAACCUGGUGUAAUGGUACGACACGAAACAGCGAGCUCGAUAUCGUCCACAUCGACGAGGUCGACGAACAAGCUGAGGCUGGUAAGGACUUCAGAGGAAGGCUCGACGGCGGGACAAUCUCGGCAAGAUGUUGCGCGAAACUUUGAAGAGCUCAUCCAGAGCGAUCAGACCAUCCAAUUCACGCUAACGCCCGAAAGCAUGCGAGACAUUGACUCUCAGUCAACGCGGUCCGUCGGUAGCGCCAUCCUCUCUGUUAAAACCAGGAAGAGCCAGGAUUCCCGUCGAGACUCAGACCGGUCUCGAUCAUCGUCGUCUAAUCGCAAGAAAGAUGCCAAGAAGGACAAGGAUGCCCAUUCGCAGCAUCCCUUGCCCGAGUCGAAUCGCAACAGCAAUAAUAGCACAGCAUCCGGCCCGAUCCUGCAUGCAAUUCCACAACCCCCACGUGCGCACCCGCCGCAAGCGAGAGAUCCGAGAAUAGCCCGAGAGUCGGUAGCUGAUUUUGCCGACUUCAUUCGCGCAACGGGUCCUACUGGCAUUAACACUGCCGCCAUGAAUCGUUCGUCAGGGCAGCAGAGCGGACUCCGGGAUUCUUCCGGGCCUGUCUCUCCUCCUUAUGUUCCCCUUAUUACUGAGGCUCCCCGACCGCUCACAGCCCGACCGCUCACAGCCCGUGAUCCCCAUACCGAGGCGGACGAUAACUCAGAUCUCAUCGACUUCAUCCGACGCGGCCCACCUACCGCGGGCAAUCCACGGAUCCCGCAAGCAGUUGCACCUUUUCGGAGCACGCCGGACUCCGAUCAGAUGUCUACCCUCGAAGCCGGCGGUAAAGCCGCGGAUGCCCAACUACACGACGUCGACGUUAGAAACAGCCAGGCCUCGACCGAUCUCGCCAGUAACUCGAUGCAUUCGCUCCAAUCGUCGGUCAACUCGCAGAGUGCUCUGCUCAGCAAGAACAAGUCCCAGCCUACCACUGCCACCGGGCGAUUUGAAGGAAUAGAGGAGGACGAUGUGGUGAUGCCAAUGCCAUCAGCCAUGCCGCAGCGCAAGCGUCGCGGGCCACGCGACCCGUAUGCUAUCGACCUUACAGAUGAGGAGGACUUUGAUGAGGAUGAUGAUUAUCCGGUGAAGCCCAAGCGACCUCCGACAAACGAGGAGAGCUUGAUGGACUUUCUGCGAAACGUUCCCCCGCCGCCGGAACCCACUGUCUCCCGCGUGGUGACCUCACCCAAGCAGCCGCAACCGAAGAAGAAAUCAAGCGCCACGAGCUUGAUGUCACGAUUCACUAGACGCGAAAGCAAGUCGAAUGUCCCUCCAAGCUCGUCCGGCAGCAUGAGCCCUCAAAGCCCCAUAAGGCCCAACGAAUCCCGAGGUCUCAGCAGACGCCCCAGCGCCAGCAGCGGAAGGGGCUACACCCCGAUUCAAGUUCACAUGCCCCCGGGCGUUGAUCGAUAUGCACCUUCCUCCGUCAAUCACAACCCAAACAUGCCAAUGUCAAGAGGGCGAGGCAUGUCACAAUCAAGCGGCAUCACCGCUCCACGCGUAGCCAUGAAGAGGUUCGAGCCAAGGGACGCCUACGUAGCUCCCACGUCGGAACUCUCGGAUCUGGCUUCGUUCCUGAAGAACUCGACGCCGCCGCCUAGCAUGGGGGCUGCGGCGCCGUUCGACUUUGGCGGGCCGCCGCCGCCGACUGCCAGUGCCACGAGUUCGAGAGGGGGGGAUGGGGUUGGGGACUCGAACAGUUUCUCGAGGGUGUUUUCGAGGAGGAGUAGGAAGGCUAGCGUUGUUUGAGCGACAUCUACUACUCGUUUUUUUUUUCGUUUUUUUUUUUUUUUUUUUUGGUUUUUUCUGUUUUUCAAAACUGCAUAUACUCUACAUCCCUUCUACCAGUGCCUCUUCUGGCAUAAUUGGGCUGCGCAUCGCAUCAUCACACAAUCUAGGCAGAUUUUCUUUUCUCAUUAUUGAUACCAUAACAGACGGAGGGUUACCUUUGCCGAUUGGUUCUUUUACUCGUGUUGUAUCCAUGGUCACAAAGCGUGGGGUUGGGAAAAUCAUGGUAUACGGGUAGUGUCUUGUCUCUUGCUCCUUCUUUUUCUUCUCUUCACUUGUUGAAUACUGUCUUGGAUAUAGGGUUAGUGGAUGCGUUGCAUGACUUGUACUUGAAGGUCAUGAAGAAGCACGGAAGGAAGGCGAGAAAGAAAUGAAAUACGACGAACGUUUGAUGCGCUACUCUUGCCUAUUCACUGGUUCGGCUUCGUGUCCAGAUGUACUGCGUGAUGCGUGAAAAUCCAUCUUGG